AUGAGUCCGGCCGGCAUUGCUCUGCACGACAUCCGCUUCCAGGGCGAAAGAAUCGUGUACGAAGUAGCGAUGCAAGAGGCACUCGCUCACUAUGCAGGCCCCGACCGCGAUCAGACUUUUGCAUCAUACCUGGAUGUCGGUAUUGGGUUCACUCAAUUCAAUCUGAUCCCAGGCUACGACUGCCCAAGCUAUGCGACCUACACGAAUGCUUUUUGCUUGUUCGAAUAUCCAAAGGACUUCCCCAUGAACCGACACCAAGCAUUCGACUACUACCACGCAACAAAGAAUGUCGCUUUUCUCGUGCGUAGCGUCAGCACUGUUGGCAACUACGACUACCAAACUACAUACGAGUUCUACCACGAUGGGUCGAUGCAGGUAGUCGUCCGGGCUUCCGGAUAUAUACAGGGCUCAGAUUUGGCGAACAGUACCGCUGACUGGGACUAUGGCUUCCACAUCCGAGAUCAACUCUCCGGCUCUAUGCAUGACCACGUGCUGAACUUCAAGUUGGACAUGGAUAUCCACGGUACACAAAACAGCCUCUUUAAAACAGAGUUUGUGCCCCACACCCAGGUCUACGACUGGUCAAACGGCGAACCAAUCAACACAAUGAAGGCCGAGCGCAGCUUCGUCGCCAACGAAGACCAAGGCAAAAUACACUGGUCCCCGAACGCAGCAGCCGCAUACGCCGUCGUAAACAAAGACGCGAAGAACGACCUCGGAGAAUACCCAGGCUUCCGCGUCUACCCGUCAACAGGAUCAAGCAUCCACCUCACCGUCGAGAACUCCUCCGUCUUUUCCAACGCCGUCAAUUGGGCAACCCACCCCUUCUAUGUCCUCCGCCGCAAAGACUCCGAACCAGUCUCCGCGCACCCCGCCAAUUCCCAGGACCCUAAAAAACCGCUGGUCGACUUCAAUGAUUUCUUCGACGGAGAAUCUCUUGAUCAAGAGGAUCUGGUGCUUUACUUUAAUCUGGGCAUGCAUCAUAUGCCUGAUACGUAUGACCUGCCUAAUACGGUGUUUAUGGGAUCGCAAUCCGGGAUUACUAUUCGACCGCAGAAUUACUUGAGGAGCGAGAAUUCGAUGUCUACGAGGCAGCAGAUUCACAUUACUAGCAAGGACAACAAGACUGUUGUUGAGACAUAUGGAGAGAAACGGCCGAGUGGCGCGUUUGAUUUGGACAAGGCAAAUCCGGACCCGGCUGCUUAUCCGGUGCCUUGUGACACCUGCGGGGCUGAUGCUUAA